AUGAGCACCGCGCAGCCUUUCCGGCCACAAAAAAGGCGAAGACAUCAGUUGUCUUGCACCGAGUGCAGACGGCGCAAAUUGAAAUGCAAUCGUUCGGUCCCUUGCGAUCGGUGCCAAAAAUCUGGCAAUGCUGAGAUCUGCACGUAUGCUACCCGGAACCAAUCAGUAGCAGACGAGGCAACCGAUGACUUCGAAGAAGAUAAGACAGAUUGUGCGGCGCAGGAUCCUCACAGUGGAUAUUCUCCUGAGCCCAUAGAGGUUAUACCAAAGGGUGGACUAUCCUCAUGCUCAUCGGAGAAUCGAACACUCAAACGCCAGAAAUCGACAAUGCAAGAUUUACAUCAGCGAAUCAAGACAUUGGAGAACCUGCUUUCAGAACGCACAAAUGACCCCCCUCUUUACCACUGCGAUGGACAUCGUCCAGACUGCCCUCCAGCAAAGGCAGGGCUCCGUCAUAUCCAUCCCACAGAAGAUUGUUUGCACGGUGUGGACAAUAAGACUAAGUUCUUCGGCAGAAGUCAUUGGACCUCAACAUUUGCACAGUUUGACGAUGUAAAUUCGACCAUUGAAAUUUGCCUGGAAAGUAAAGACAAGGGUCCAGCACGGGAAUACGACUUGAUGAAAGCCGUGAGAAUGCAAAGAAGGAAGAAUAGUAACCAUACUGUUGACCAUCAAUCUAUUAUUAUGAAUGCAUUUAUUCCUGCUCGCGAGGUCGCCGAUGCUCUUGUUGCCUGCUACUUUGAGACGUUUGAAUAUACAUACAGGAUCUUACAUGUUCCAACAUUCCAAAGGGAAUACAAUAGGUUCUGGAUCACCCCUCUCGGAGAAAACCCGGCUUUCUUAGCCAAAUUACUCUGUGUCAUGGCGAUCGGUAGCUUUCAAUUUGCCGAGACCAACGGUCGGUCAAGCAGCCAAUCAAUAUCAACAGAAUUGGUCUCAAGUUGGUUGCACGCUGUUCAGCACUGGCUAGAUGCGGCUAUCGAGAAGAGCAAGAGUAUCUUCGAUGCAUUACAGGUGCAUUGUCUGUUGUUGCUUGCCCGUCAGGCCAGUUCAAUCAACAGCAACCUCAUAUGGAUUUCUUCGGGCGCCUUAGUCAGAACGGCUAUGGUCAUGGGCCUUCAUCGGGAUCCGAAUGCCUUCCCUGCAAUGUCACCAUUUCACGCGGAAAUGCGCCGACGGCUGUGGGCUACGAUUACCGAAAUCGACAUACAGGCCUCUCUCGAUGCUGGAAAACUCCCGUCGGUCUCUCCUGGUGAUUGCGACUGUGGUGCCCCUUCUAACAUUAACGACGAAGAUAUGUCCGAGACAGAUGUAGCGCUGCCAGAACCGAAACCGCCAAACACAUUUACACGGUCAUCAUUCCAGACUGUCUUGUGCAAGUCAUUGGCUGCCAGAAUAGAAGUGGUUCGACUGUCAAACAGUCUUGCUACCAAAACAUCGUUUCAGGAACUUCUGAAACUCAGUACAGAGAUCAACAAAGAGCUUCAAAAUUUGCCUUCUUUUUUCACUUCAGCGCAGAAGACAGCAUCAACAGCAACACAGAAAGCUGAAUUUCCAGCUGUGCUUCUCGACCUGCUAAUCCGUCGAUUCCUCCUUGUUAUACACCGGCAAGUGGCCAUUAUGGGAGCAUACGACCCGAAAUAUCACUUUUCUCGUAUCAUUUGUCUCGGUUCUUCAUUGGAAAUAUUGUCAUAUUUCGGCCUAUCCGUGGACGAUACGGAUCGUCAAACUGACAAAACCUUCCGAAUUCAGACUUACUGCGGGGGAAUGUUUCAUAACGAUUUCUUCCAUGCAGCGAUCACUGUCUGUCUGGAACUGCUGAUGAGAAUGGUUGACUUGGACGUCUUAGGGUGUUCCCUUCAAGAUCAAGCAAUACACACGGCUAUGGGUAAUGCCAACCGCCUACAAACGGAGAGGUUGAUUGCAGUCAUUGAAAGAGCCUUAAACGUCAUCAAGCACUGGGUUUCAGAAGAAGACGGUAACUAUGACAAGAGGUAUCUUUUAUUAUCUAUGGCCCUCAGUUCAGUCAAGGCGCGGUAUUCGAAGGACAACGCCCUGGACGCGGUAUCAGAGACGCUCCGCACCAGUAUCAACACUUGCAAGAGCAUUCUACUGCGCAAUAAUGAAGCUGGACCAACAAUUGGACGAGGUCUUGCUAGAAAUGUGAAUUAUAUCAACCUAAUCCCUGUGAUUUUUUUUUUACCGAGAUUAUACUUAUUCAUUGCAAUUUUGCAGGAGACUGCCGAGUUUGAGAACUCAAGCCUCGUCGAUGAUACGAACGUUACGUCUGGCGCACAGGAAACCGCUGAGUGUUUCCUGGAUCCUGUAUGUGGCUAG